CGAAUGAGGCGUUAAACGAGUUAGACUUUGAUUGGAUAAAUUGUCCUAAAGUGUAAGGCAGUUACGUGGAAAUUGCGUGGGGUUAGUCGUCCUUUGUAAUUGGUUGCAAACUUCUGGAUAGUUUUAGCCAAUCAAAACGCGUCGUUUACAAUUCGGCUUGCAAGUAUAAUUGCUUCUCAUUUGCUGAGAGGAUUUGAGCCCCCAUUUCACUUGUCCUUACCAAGCUAACUGGUUGGAGAGUAUUAAAAUGUCUGGACGCGGAAAGCAGGGCGGCAAGGCUCGCGCCAAGGCCAAGACGCGCUCGUCGCGGGCCGGGCUGCAGUUCCCGGUGGGCCGCGUGCACCGGCUGCUCCGCAAGGGCAACUACGCCGAGCGGGUGGGGGCCGGCGCGCCGGUGUACCUGGCGGCCGUGCUGGAGUACCUGACGGCCGAGAUCCUGGAGCUGGCGGGCAACGCGGCCCGCGACAACAAGAAGACGCGCAUCAUCCCGCGCCACCUGCAGCUGGCCAUCCGCAACGACGAGGAGCUCAACAAGCUGCUGGGCCGCGUGACCAUCGCGCAGGGCGGCGUCCUGCCCAACAUCCAGGCCGUGCUGCUGCCCAAGAAGACCGAGAGCCACCACAAGGCCAAGGGCAAAUACUGCAGCAGCUUAGAGAUCCUUGGGUCGUCUGACAUGUAGCUGGAAGGUCACAUUUCUUACCACGUCAGCCUCUUGGAGUCUCUGUCUGUGGAGUCUGAUGGAGCAAGAGUGGUGAGCGUCCUUUUUCUCUCUUUUGACAUUUAGAUUAGCAGGAGAAAAUAUUUGUGGAACUAGUUAUUUGGGCU